AUGGAAUCCAAUAACAAGUCUGACAAGGGCUCUGAAUUUGUUUUGACAGCGGAGGAUCUCAAUAAGGCUUUACCCGGCAUGAGCAUGGCCACAAGAGCAGUUCAUGCUGAUGAUUUCGUCAGUCCUCAUCGGGCAAUUGCUCCUGGCAUGCAUGUCGCGGUCAACUUUCGCUACGCAAGAGAUCCCGAAGCGCUAGUGCCGGAGGAGAAUCAAGAUCCUAAUAAUCCUCAUGAUUCACAUGUUUAUUCUCGUUAUACAGCACCCAAUUCCAACCGCUUGGAAGUCUUGCUUCGCAAUAUCAUGGGCGGCGAAGUCAUAACGUACUCUACUGGACUCUCCGCUUUCCACGCCAUGUUUAUUCUUCUAAACCCAAGAAAAAUUUUCAUCGAAGACGGAUACCACGGUUGCCAUGGUCUUUUGGACAUCAUGCAGAGAUUGACGGGGGUUCAAAAAUUUGAUCUGUCGCAGCUCGACCAAGCGGGCCCUGGUGACAUUGUACACGUUGAAACGCCCCUCAACCCAACGGGCGAAGCACGAAACCUUGCAUAUUAUCGCGAAAAGGCGACCGAGGCAGGUGCUUACUUAACGGUGGAUGCAACUUUUGCUCCUCCUCCACUACAAAAUCCUCUCGACUUAGGCGCAGAUAUUGUAAUGCACAGUGGAACUAAGUAUGUUGGGGGCCAUUCAGAUAUGCUGUGUGGUCUAUUGAUCAUCCGUCAAGACCGGGUGGAAAAGGAUGGGUGGUUAAAAAAGCUGCACAAAGAUCGACAAUAUAUAGGCAGCGUCAUGGGAAGUUUUGAAGGUUGGUUAGGUAUCAGAUCCGCCCGCACAAUGCACCUUCGUGUCUUGAAACAGGCUAAGACUGCCGAGAGGUUGGCUGGGUGGUUGCAAGAGCAUUUGAGAGAUCAAACCAGUACUGUUAGUCAGGUUUUGGAGCGUGUGCAGCAUGCAUCGCUGCAGGUCGAUGAUUUGAAUGAUGGGUGGCUUCGGAAACAGAUGUCUGGAGGCUUUGGACCCGUUUUCUCGAUUUGGGCCAAGAAUGCAAUUUUCGCACGGCAACUCCCAAGCCGUAUGUAUGUUUUCCAGCAUGCGACCAGUCUGGGUGGCGUGGAAAGCUUGUUGGAAUGGAGGGCAAUGAGUGAUGCCACAUGCGACCAUAAAUUGCUAAGAAUUAGUUGUGGCAUCGAAGAGUACGAGGAUCUACAGGCUGAUAUCCUGCAGGGAUUACAGUCGCUUGUGUAG